AUGCACAUUGGAGGAGGGAUUCCAGAGUCCACGGGCACGCAGAUCACCAGCCCUGGGACAGAGCCGGAGUCCACCGUCCCUCAGGCCACCAUCUCAGGGGAGCGGCUCAGCACACAGCUUCACCGGGCUGGCCCCCUGGCAGCAGGGACUCUCUUGCCGACAGCCCAGGGAUUUGAGAUCCCACUCGAUGCUGAUCCCAGGGCCACGUCCCACGUGCAAGAGCUGGCCUUGCCCUCGAGCUCCAGCAGUGCCUACCACAAUGCCUAUAAGUGCUACGUGGAGACGGUGGAGGCUCUCAAGCUGAUUGGACAGCUGAGACACCUCUACGCUGCCCUGAAGGAGCAGGUGGCCCAGAUAGAAGCCACCAGGUUGGAGCAGACUGAAAUGGAGAAGCUGCGUCUGCUCCUCCAGGAGGGAGGCCAGGAGAGCGUUGCCGAUGUGCUGGGUGACCUCCAGGCCCAGGUGUCAUCCCUGCAGGGCCUGGCCAGUGACCUGCAGGGCUUGUCCAGGGAGCUGCAGGGAGAGAAGGGGAAGAUCAGGAAGCUGGAGAGUGCCCUUGGUAAACUGGAGGCGGCCAGAGCCAGCUGGCAAAUGGAUCUCGGCGACCAACUCAGCCUGCCAUUGGGGUCCACACUGCAGGAGGUAAAGCAGGACAUGAAGGACCUGGCAGAGCAUCAGCAAAUAAGCAAGGCUGCACUGGAUCAGUUGGUGACCCAGAUGGGCGAGGAGGGGCAGGAGCAGCUGGAAGAGGUGAGAGCGAUGGCGAGCACGGGGCAGGAGGAAGCAGUAUGCCCCACGUGCAGCAGCGACACCAGCAUGCGUUUGGCGAAGCUUCUGUGGUGCUAUGAGAAGCUGCAGGGUCUGGUGGACUCCCUCAUGUCGAGGAAGAAGACGGGCAAGGUGAUGCGGCAGCUGCCAGGGAAGAGCCAGGACCAGGAGGUGCUGAAGCAUAUCCAGGCUGCCGUCCUGCAGAUGCAAGGGGAGUAUGAAAAGCUCAACUCUGUCAUGGGGAGCCUCCUGGAUGACAGUCGCCAGCAGCAGAAAGAUAUCGAGGGUCUGUUGCGGUCCAUAGAGAGGCUGGAGAAGGAGAAGGCAGACAAGGAUGACCUGGAGCUGGGAAUGGAUGAGAAAGCAGACAAAGGCGCCUUGAAAGCAAAGUCAGCCGCACCCAAUUUGAGGCGAGCCUGGAGCUGCUGAACAAGAGAAACCAGGAGGUGCUGAGCCGGGUGACAGGCCAGGAGCAGGGGCUGCACGAGGUCCAGCAGCAGCUGCGGGAGGAGAUGGCCUCCAAGCUGGAUCGCCUGGAGCUGGGGCCAUUCCAGCAACAGCUGGAUGAAUGCUGGAAGGGCAGCCUCAAGCAGCUCAAGGAAAUGGCACCACCAAUGGAAGCUGACGAUGCAGCUGGGAUUAGGAAGCAGCUGCUGUUGGAUUUCCAGUGCCUGUCUUGUGACAGGCAACUCAGCAUGCGGAUGCCUGGCUCGCCUAUCCCGCCCAUCCCGUCCUUUCCACCGCUGGUCCCUCACGUCACUGGGCAGUCCCACCCCAUUCGGAAGACGGAGGAAA